AUGGCGGAGCAAAUGGGCGCAUUGCAUAGCAUCCAUCUUACCUCGGAUGUGACCCAUCUCCUUGUGGGUGACACGAACAGCGACAAAUACAAGUUCGUGGCAAGGGAACGAAAUGAUGUGUUGGCCAUGAAACCAGAAUGGAUCGAGGCCGUACGGCUAUCGUGGACACAGGGAGAGGACAUGGACAUCGCUGCAAUGGAAAAAGAAUACAGACUGGCACCUUUGUUUGGUCUCAAGAUCUGUAUCACCGGUUUCUCAGAUCGUCAGUUUGUUCACGUUUGGGAAAGGGUCCUUGCUAACGAUUGCCUCGCAGUUCCCUUCCGAGCUUACAUGCAGAAAACGACAGAGGAGAAUGGAGCCGAAUACCGCAAAGACUUGACGAAAUCCGUAUCGCAUUUGAUUGCGCGGGACUCAACCGGCGAGAAAUACAAGUUUGCGACACAAUGGCACAUCAAGGUUGUUUCAGUCAAAUGGUUCACUGACAGCAUCGAGCGUGGAAUGAUUUUGGACGAAGAUAAGUACCAUCCGCUGGUACCACAAGCAGAACAGGGCGUCGGCGCGUGGAACCGAUCUCUACCAUCCCAAAGGGAACCUUCUCGAAGGGACAAUACCAAUGCCAACGAGAACUCCGGUAACCCACGACCUCGAAAAUUGCGCAGGGUGGCAAGUACGAAACUGGUAGACCAAAACGAAAGCAUUUGGGGCGAUAUCGUGGGGACUGGAUUCGAUCGUGAACCAAAUGGAAACACCACUCCCCAAGGGCAAAAGCCCGAGGCGCCCAGGCCUACGAUACAGGCAUAUAAAUCAUUUGCUAGCGAGACCACAUUCUCAGAAAGCACCCAGUCAAAUCAACUCCCAGCACCGGCGUCAGCCCCAGCCAAAGACAAUGGGUUUUUACAUGGGUCAUACUUCUUUAUUGCCGGGUUUUCUUCCAAGCAGACUAAAGUACUGCGAGAGCAUCUAAGUUAUAAUGGUGCCCGGUUGGUAGACUCACUGAGCGAGUUCUCCCGGCCUGAUAUUCCCAAAACAGGACAUGGGCUAUUCAUAAUGGUGCCUUACCAAACCCCAAGGUCGAAAGUCCCGUCCACGGACGAUAUGGCCUUUGAAUGCGAGGUGGUCACAGAGAUGUGGUUAGAGAGGUGCAUUGAUGCCAGAGCUUUCGUCCCCCCAGAAUCGCACGUUGCAAGCACACCAUUCCCGGAGUUUCCUCUACCAGGAUUCCCCGACAUGCGUAUCUGCUCUACUGGCUUUGGACGCAUCGACCUUUUACAUCUACGCAAAGUAGUAGAACUGAUGGGCGCCACAUACGGUGACUUCUUGACACAAAAAGCAUCUGUUCUCGUUUGCAAGGACCCGCAAACGGCCAGUCUGGACAAAUUGCGCCAUACAGGAGAAUGGGGAAUUCCAACAGUCUCCGCGGACUGGCUUUGGAUCUCAAUUCAAGCAGGCCAAAAGAAACCGUUCGAUCCAUAUAUCGUUCGACGGUACCCCUCGCAAAAUGCUACUGAUGCCGCGAAAGAUCCUACAUCCGCAAAACGAAAACAUCUGCACAAAAACGUUGACGACCGGCCAAGGGACUCGCCACUCCAUGGCUCUGUUGAUUCUCGUUCCAACAAUUCAAAGACACAAGGGUCCACGACGGUGUCAAUGAACAGAACAGUCCCGGUCAUCGGAGACGGGUUCGAAGACGAUGCACCGAAACCUUCUGUCCCUGAGUCUAGAUCCCCAUCGCCGGCUAGAAUACCAGAACAACAAGCCGCAGAUGAGCCAAGCACAAAGGAGACAACUCCGAACACCGAUUCGGCACCUAAAACCGGCCCAUCCGCCCUAGACACCGCAUUAAGCGGACUCCUGCAGCAAGCCCGAGCUGCCAAAUCAAGACAACAAGCCGAGACUCCCAUUGAUGCCAGCAACCCACCCCGACGAAAGCGCAAGCCCCUUCUAGGUCGUGCCCCAUCCCAUACUUCGGCAAUAGCACUGGAAAAUCGACUCUCACGCGCCAGCUCAAUUGACACACUGAAUGACGACGGUAUCGGAAGCGCGAUUGAAAGCGGUCAUCCAACACGAGAAAAUUCGCAAUCUCACGCUCGAGGCGAGCCGAGUCUGUCGUCCAUGCUGAGUGGCGGGAGAUUUGAUUUCCUUAACGAUCGACUGCCAGCUCACACCGAGGAAGAAGAUGAGGAAAACCAGGCGCCACAGAUGACGCAGUUGGGUUAUGAAGACGCUGACGCGGCUGCCAUGAGGGCUGAAUUUCUCCGAGAUGCAGGAAAGCUAUCAGACAAGACGAAGACUGACGGUGGUGUGCAUGUUGGGGAAGUACGGGAGUUGGAGGAUCUAGGGUGGGCUUCUGGUCGUAGGACGAGGAAGCACCCUAUUCGAAUCGAUGAUGAAUAA